UGUUCAAGUAUUCCACGAACUAAAUAGUUAAGUUUUCACUGAAAUCAAUCAUAAAGAAUCGGCACUUUUUGAAAUCAAAGUCAUGGAAGAUGACCUUUUUCGUUUGGUUCUUUACAUUAUUUUGGCAAUAAACCAGUCAGGCACUCAUAUACGCCAAACGCCCAUGCCUACAUGGUUACAUGACUUUUCAAAUCUCAAACAAAUACUCCAAAAUUGACGUUUAUGGCAGAUUCCAGAUGAUAGCUGACAACGCAGUUUUGAGUAGUAUGUAGGGGCCCUUCUCUCAUCAUCAAUCAUCUCUCUUUGUAAUUAUCUUUGGUACCUACACACCGCUAGACCCCCACCGGAACAUUAAUUCCGACCUAAUUUUAGGGUUUUAUUCAUUCACACACGGAUUAAGGAUUUUCUGUUCAAUUGAGAUUCCUGCUGCCGGUAGAUCACGUAUAGAAUCGAGGUGUUAAAACCCUAAUAAUGUUAUAACCACCGUCAUCUCGGAAAAUUGGGCGUUUUUGCUGUUGAACUUAUUCAACGUGAACGUGGUCAUCUUUCGUGGCUAGUUUUUGGUUGUAGACGAUGGAAGAUGAAAUAGGCAGAGACUCUACAUGGACUAGGGAGCAGGAUAGAGCUUUCGAGAAUGCUCUGGUUGAAUAUCCCGACGAGGAUUCUGAUGAUCGUUGGGAAAAGAUUGCCGCCGAUGUUCCCGGAAAGACUGUGGAAGAGAUUAAGCAUCACUACGAGUUAUUAGUUGACGAUUUAGACCGUAUUGAAUCUGGUAUUGUUCCUCUACCUUGCUAUAGUUCCUCUUCAGAGGACUCUGCAAACCAUGGAGGUGAUGAUGGAAACAGUAAGAAAGGUGGUAACAGUGAAUCCGUUCAUGGAGUUAAGUCCUCAAAGUCAGAUCAGGAGCGCCGGAAAGGUGUUGCAUGGUCAGAAGAUGAACACAGAUUAUUUCUUCUUGGGCUGGAGAAAUAUGGGAAAGGAGAUUGGAGAAGUAUAUCCAGGAACUUUGUAGUGACAAGAACUCCUACCCAAGUUGCAAGCCAUGCACAGAAGUAUUUCAUUCGGUUGAAUUCAAUGAAUAGAGAAAGGAGGCGAACAAGCAUUCAUGACAUAACUAGUGUCAACAAUGGUGAUGGAGCUGCAAUCACUGGUCAAACAAAUGGUUCUCCGGCAGGUGAAGUUGCAAGUUGGAAACCUGUAGAAAGAAGGAUAACGAUGCAAACUAUUGUUACUAUGUGAAAAAUCACAGAGACCAACAUGUUCUAAGUUGGUGGUACUAUGGUAGGGUUAAGGAGCUUGGUGUUAUGCUCGAUUGAAAAAUCAAUUCAUUCAUUCACAUUUGAAGUUGGACUCCAUGAACGGGUGCACCAACGGAUUUGGAAACCCAUGUUGAUGUUGGAAAAACAUUAUUUUUCUUCUUUAGGAAAAUAUGAUUUUUCAACGACGUAUAAAUAUGUAUAUUUUGUGAUCCGGUUAUGUGAUAUUUAAUGGGGUUGCGUUCUUAUAUAGUGUUUUCGUAAAGAUGUAUUGUAUGUUUAAGUUUAAGUUAAUGUGUAUACGAUAUCAACUCUUAAAAAGUCAAAGUGGGAUCUUUGGAAUAAAAGAUGGAAUUUGGAAAAGGGGAUUUUAUAAAACAAUGGAUUCCUUACCAUUUAGUUGAAUGACAAAGAGUCGAAUUAGGGUUCCACCUACUUAUGUGUACUUGGACUUAGGUCGUGAGUUCUGUGAGUGGUGCUAAUAGAGGCAUUUUGCACUUGUUGGAUAUGCUUAUCGCAUCAUUGUAAUACACAUCAAUUUCUUGUGCACGAG